CAGAUUUCCACAGUACAUCGCGAGUGCCAAACAUCGAUAACUUACCGCGUUUGACAUUAGACUGAGUUCGUGCCGCGAUGAGCGAGAGCGCGUACAAUUCUCCGCUGUUGGCGCGCCGCCUCGAAGCUGCAGCGUUCGCAGCUUCUUCGGGAUCAGCUUCGUGCUGCAGCUCGCCCGCCCGCAGCAUCCGCAGCCAUCAUAUCGAGGACUUGACCGAUUCGGACGGAGAAGGAGAUUCUUUGCUCAUCACUGAAGUGCCAGGCGUUCCAGAACAGACAGUAUGCUCAGGAUGGCUCAAGUUCAGAGACAACAAGAAGGUUGGAGACAAAAUAUUGCCACCUGUUGCUAGGUAUUGGCUACUAAGACAGUGA